AUGAUGAACCUAGAGAAGGAUAAACAGGUGCUCAAGGACAGGUUACGAGAAGAACUGCAAAGACUGAGGGGGUACUCAUUAGUCCAACAUGUAUUCUCCUCCCUCGUACAAGCACAGGAAGAGACAAACGGAGGAGUGAAAAAAAAAAAAAAAAAAAAGGGAAUUUUAUACAGCCAAAUCGAAUCGAAAUAUAUAGGAAAAGUAGUGUAUGAUACUUUCGUUCAUUCCAAGGGUGCAAGAAGGUAUGAUAAAUGUCAUCCCUUCCCACUCUGUUGUGUAAAAAGGAGAAUUGACAUUUGGAAAGGAACCAAAGAACUCAUCGUCAGGUGGACUGAUGGAGACAUUCCAUCGGAAACGGAAUUCCAACUGAUUAGCAAAGAGAAGGAUUUUUUUAUUUUCCUAAAAAUUACGCAUUAUGUGAAGAAAGAUUCACCGCGCAGGACACAAGAUGAGUCACUUUCACCGCUCUUAGUGUUUCUCUACGAUGUGGCGGUACCAGGAAGGGAUAGCAAAAACAAACUAGAGACGGAAAGACACGGUAGAAGGUGCACAGGUCUACUUCCCACCAAAUUGGGGCGUCAGAAUGGAGGGAAUUCUUCCUUCACUCAGUUGGCUAACGUGCAGGGGGAAGUAGCGAACAGGAAGAGGGAAUCCCCUCCAAAAGGUAACUACAAAAAGUUCGUGGAUCGGUACCUAUUCUUAGUUCAUUACAGGAACUAUCUCAAGUUGAGUCUUUCCUUAUUUUUGAACUCUCUAGUGACUGCAAUAUUUAAGCAUUCGGAAAAUGGUUUUCAUCCAAAGUGGAUUUCUACCCAGGAGAAGCACAGGGGUAACGAUGAGAGGGGAGACAGAUCCUCUUUGGCUACUCCCCAUGGAAGGAUUAGAAAAAAUAGAGGGACAAAAGGCAUAAGUGAAAAUUCUCAAAUGAGGAGAAGGCUCAAUACCGUUAAAAUGAAGAACGAUAUAGCAGGUAAGGUGUGCCAAUUGAAAAGGGAUUUCCCUCCGGAAAACAUGUAUGAUCAUCCGAACAAAUACGCUGAUGAAGAUAAUGAGGGGGGUCAGGUGAAAUCGUGGAUCCCUCCCCUCUUCGGAAGGCAAGAAAGAUGGCUCAAUUUUUGUCACCUCAAAAAAGGAAUGAACUUCUCAGAACAGAUCUACCACUUGUUAAGGGAGCCAAAUUACCACAUAAAUAUUUUUACAUCCAAAAUCGAAAAAGGGAAGGAAAUUUUUUUAACCUUCCACAAAAUAAGUAAAUGCUUCUUUUUUUUUGUUUCUCCCGUUUUGGGAAUCCUUAACAGAGACUACUACCAAUUUGUGUGUCUAUCGAAUGACCAGCGCAAGUGCACUACACCAACUGCAUAUGGUUUCUCCAAGGAGGGGGCUAUGCCCACCGAAGUGAUAACUCACUUCCUGGAGGAAUUGUCCCACUCAAUUCGAGCUAUGUAUUAUCAGAAGAAAAAGUUGAUAAGAAAGCUCCAAAAAUAUCUGGCCAACAGGACUCUGGAGGGGUACAUAAACUUCCGUCGGUUCGACAAACAGGUACAGAAGAAAGAACAGAUUUACUCCUACACAUUCUAUGAUAUUAGGGAUAAUUCUUUCCUGACAAAUGGAGAGUAUUCUCCAGAAGUGAUCGAAGAAGGUCCCGAAAGAAGGCGCCCAAAGAAUUGCACAAAGGAAAUUCCCAAACUGCUUCAAAAAAUAGAACCCAUUUUAACUCAGUGUAGAUACUUUAACCCUAAAGUAGAUGUACAUUUAGCUAAAAGGAAACUAGAAAAGGUGUGCACAAAUGUCACUGAUAUGCUAACCUGGUGUAGACAAUUUAGGAUAUCCAUAAAGUGGAAGAAAAGGAGAGAGUGCAUAUAUGUGUACUUCGUUAGGAGAAAAUUCCCACCGGUAAUUAACACCAAGCGGAAUGGUACAAAUGGUCUCUUAAUGGAAAGCCCAACUGGGUUUACUGAACCCUCCCCCUUGCAUAGCAAUGAUAAAAAUACAGGAACAAGCACCCAGAAGUACAACCCUCUUCAAAGAGUUCAGUUAGUUUGUGCCUUCCAAAUUUUAUCCACCAGAGGAAGAAUCUACAAAAUGACCAAGAGAGUAUGCUUUCUUCUGUUUAGCCUUAUUCAUAAAAUGGAGAAAAUUCCAAACUUGGAACUCUUGCAUAUGUUAAGACAUAUCCAUCAUAUUGUUGUAGCUUUUCCAUACCUUUACGUUUCUUAUGCACAGGAGGGGGGAUCCAUCGGUGGGGAUAACUCCACUCGGGAGAAGGACAAUAUUCUGGGUAAACAUUCCCGUGUACACAUCCCUCUACACACGGAAGGGCUGAAACGAUCAAAAAGGAGAAGGAAGAAAGCCCUACGGAGGAUCUUGUUGAAAGAGGGAGAAUUUCCCUUUCUCCUAAAGAUGCACAAAUUGAUUCUAUAUUUUUACCUUUACGUGAUUGGAACAUUGUGCCCGACGUGGCUGAACGGCGAUAGAGGAAGAAGGGGGGCGCCCAGACAGGGGGGAAAGGUGACACGGAAAAAAACGGCAUGGGAAGAAGCGGUAUGCAAAGAAGCGGAAUGCAAAGAAGCGGCAUGCGAAGAGGCGACAUGCAAAGAGGUGACAUGCAAAGAAGUGAUGACACCCCCCGAAGCGCUUCUGCGGAGCCGGUUCGACGAAUUCAUCAAACAAAUUAAAAGAGAAAAGUGGAAAAAAAAAAUUUAUCUCCAUCUUCGAAACUGCAUAGGGGACUUCCUCAAGCGCGACAAAAAGAAUGCCCAUACGGGUGAAGAAAUGAGUAACGGAUCGCACACUUUGGAAGGAGGAACGAGAGGGACAAAGGGAACGCUCAUAAAUUCGUUUAUUUUGAGGCCCAUAUGCAUGGAUGGGUAUUUCUCAGCGGAUGAAGAAGCCACCCCUGAGGAGGUUCGAAGAGGUAGGGGAGUGAACUACGAGGAGGAUCUUUCUGUUGGCAGAACGACAUCCUCUAACGCUGAUAACCAUGUUAACCAUGCUAACCCCGCCAACUGUGCCAAUAUGGCCACACCCCUUAAUAGCCGUAGCAACUCACCUACAGCAACAGACGAUUACGUCAACUUCUUCAAACUGCGAAACAUGAAAAAGACGGCCCGCAUGUUGGGUCCAGCCCUGAUGGACAGAAUGGCUAACAGACUCUACAUCGGAAGGAAUGCCUUUUUGAAUAUGAACGCACACAGGGUAGAACUACUGAGCAUAGUGAGCCAAUUCGAGGAAGAUGCAAAGGGUAUUCUAUGUGCUGUAAGGAAAUCAUUAUCCCACCGGGGAGACAUAAUAACUACCAGUAAGCGUGAUCAGGGUGAUCCCCUACCCAACCUCAACGGAGAAGAAGAGCAAAGAUUGUUACACCACAUAUGCAAAAAGAAGCGAAUUAAUAAAAAUUUAUCUAUUUUUAACAUUCGCAGUGGGUGCAUGGGAAGAGGAAAACUGCGGCAUGUUCGGAGGGCGAAAGUGAAUAACAAAGUGGUGAAAAGUUUCUUCCGACUGGAAAAGUUCCCAUGUGAAAAAUUGCCCCCUGAGGAGUCACUUGGAUGGGGGAGUCGAAGCGGUACCCACAAAGUUUCCCUGAAAUAUCUGGUCCAUUUGGUGAAUGGCCACAUAACCUUCGCUGUGAAUAUUUUUUCGAAGGAUCAUCAAAAAUGGGGGCACUCAAAAAGUCGGGUGUACUUUCUGAACGUGUGCAAAAAUGAUGUAAUUAAAAAUAUGUUAAUAGAAAGAACAAUUCACUUUUUGGAGGAUCUCCUAACCUAUGUGCAGGAAAAUCUCCCCUUCCUGGAGAGCGAAAAGACGCGUGAUACAAAAGCCCACCACUAUUUCUCCUACAAUGUAUGCAAAAUAUUUUGUUACGAAUUGAAGCAAGGUAAAUGUGAGAUGAAAAAAAUAUAUCAGGUCAAACCGGGGGGGGAAUUUUGCGUGCACCUUUUUACCUUAACAAGUCAGGCAACUGUCUUUCUUUAUUCCACAGGGGGGGGAGGUGGUUUGUGUAACCCUUUUUUUGUGAAGUUUUUUGAGCCAAGUAAAUUUUACGACGCUUUUUUAGAAUGUGCGAAUGGAGCGAUUUGA